CCUUUACCAAGCGCAUAUUCACAAACUUCAUUCAGAGCCUUCGAGAGCAACUUCAUUCUAGCUUCUCAUUUCUUAGCAAUCAAUUUCUUGAGAGAAAAAUGGCAUCCCAGGAUCAGACCUGCAGAGCUGGUGAAGCCAAGGGUCAAGCUCAGGAAAAGGCAGGAGAAAUGUUGGAUAGCAUGAGGGAUAAGGCACAGCAGGGCAAAGACAAUGCAUCUGAGUUGGGGCAUUCGGCGGCUCAUGACGCUGCCCAUGAGAAGAAAGACCAGACUGGAAGCGAGACUGGCGCUGCCGGGGACAAGAUUUCAGGAACCGCACAAGCCACAAAAGAAAAGACUUCUGAAACAGCUCAAGCUGCCAAAGAAAAGGCUGUAGGAGCAGCUCAGGCUACUAAGGAGAAGGCUGCUGAAAUGAGCGAGGCAGCUAAGGAGACGGCAGAAGCUGGAAAAGAGAAGACUGGAGGGAUCCUACAGCAGACUGGGGAACAAGUCAAGAGCAUGGCUCAAGGUGCUGCUGAUGCUGUGAAGCAUACUUUUGGCAUGGCCGAAGGUACAGAUGAAAACAAGGAUAAAGACCAUCCCACCAAAAGGGACGACCAUUAGACUGUGAUUCUAAAUAUCUAAGGUGGUGUUCUGUUGGUGGUGUAGUUUCUGAACUUUUUGUCGUGUGUGUUUUCAUAGUUGCCUCGAGUUUUCUUCUGAGGCCCUUGUGCUUGUUUUCGUAUUAAUUAUCCCAGUAAUAAGUAUUUGGACCCCUUUGGGA